UUUUUUGUGCAUUCGAAAAAGCAACACAACCAGGAUCGCACGGUGUCAUCUGCAAAAAAAAAUUGACAACUCAAACUUUCUCUGCAAAUUAUAGCAAAAGCGUGAAGAUGACAGCGACAUCCUUGACUCUUUUGCUGCUGCUCCUAGGUCACGGGAUGGCUCAGAGUUCCUUUAAGAAGAACUUGGCAACACCCAAACCAGCAAAGCCAGCACAAUGCUGUGAUGAGGUGCGUUCCCUAAAGAUUCAGGUGGCCAAUCUGAGCAGCAUGUUGGAAGAAAUGAGCAAGAAGCAGGAGUCUGAUCUCAUGAAGGUAGUGCGGCAAAUGAUGGAGCUGGAGAAGCUUAACCAGCAGCAUGAGUCCCGGGUCACAGAGGCAGAGAGCAAGUAUUCAGAAAUCUACAAUCAGAUUGAAAUCAUGCAACUGCAGGCCGCCCAAUCUGCUCCACAGCAAAGCACAUCAGACGCAACAUAUGAUUGUGCAUCCCUAUACAACAAGAACUAUAAAAUUUCUGGAGAGUAUAAACUACCGAAAGAUGACUUCCUUGGAACACCUGAACUAAAUGUAUACUGUGACAUGGAGAACAAUGGUGGUGGGUGGACUGUCAUUCAGAGGCGCAAGAUUGGUCUGACAAGCUUCAACCGCGACUGGAAGCAGUACAAGAAUGGUUUUGGUACAAUUCGUGGUGACUUCUGGCUUGGCAACGAACUCAUCUUCCGCCUGACCAGACAGCCCACAGUAUUGAGAAUAGAGAUAGAGGACUGGGAGGGUGAGACACGCUAUGCUGAAUAUGGGUUCUUUACACUGAGCAAUGAGAUGAACAGCUAUAAGCUUUUCAUUGACAAUUACAGUGGAAAUGCUGGUGACUCUCUGCGUUACCACAACAAUACCAACUUCAGCACUAAAGACAAAGACAAUGACAAGUGUGUAGACAAUUGCGCACAACUUCGCAAAGGUGGAUACUGGUACAACUGCUGCACUGACUCUAAUCUAAAUGGUGUGUUUCACCGCUAUGGGUCACAUACCAAGAAUCCAGAUGGCAUAUCCUGGUACGGAUGGCACGGACCAAACUACUCACUGAAACGCGUGGAGAUGAAGAUUCGACCACAGAACUUUGUGCCAUAAAGACUUGCCAAAACCCAAUUUAUGUUCCUGUUCACUACUAAACCCUGGCAUCAAUGGAUCCAUGUAAUCUACAGCUUAAACUAGGCAAACUUUUUCAGGGGGAAUGCAUUUGUAUAACAGAAUGAUAGGACUGAAUAUGUGAUGAAACGAUGUUUGAUUGUAAAUUGCAUUUUAUACAUGGUAUUUAUCUUUUUAAAAAAAUUAUUUUCUUUAGCUUUUUCUAGAGAAUUUUAUGCACAUGAUCAUUGAAAGCAAGAAGACUAAGCCAUUUACAAACAAUUUGACAGUUCAGAGACUUUAUAGUAAAUUCACUGGUACAGCAAAAUUAACUGUGUAAAAAGUAAAAAUACUUAAUAAAUUGUAUUUUUAAAAAAAAUCGCUUUCUGCAUUACCCAAAAAUGUGUGCCUACUCUGGUACAAAAUGAUCAAAAAGGAAUUUACAAUUAUCAGGAGUGAUACACCAAAAAUAUAAAAUACAGACAAAAUGUCACAAUCAAAUUAAAAUUGCCUCACACUUGUCUUGACCUUCCAGAACAGCCACUUUGUUUCCGUGACAACUAUAUAAACCAGUUGUUGCAUUGAUCUCAGAACUCAUAUUAUUUUGUCAAUAUUGAUUCAUACAGCCAGGUUAUGUAGACAGUGUGGCCACAAAUAAAAAAAAUAACAUGUAAAAAGCAAACAAAAAGUGACUAGCAAUGUAAAUGUGAUUCAUCAAGAAAUAACCAUAAAUAUUAAACCAUCACCUGAAAACAUGAAUCAAAUAAUUUCUUCUGAUAAUACACAAAACUUAAAAUCAACAUGAGCAAAUUCCAUUUCAUUCCAGCUUGUGCAGAACCUCUAUUCUGGGAGGUCCAGUUGAGGUUAUGCUUCCAGGAAAUAUAUGGCCUUACAUGACCUGUCAAUGCACUGGAAGAUUGCCUGUGACUAACUAGUUGAUAAUUAGAUUCUCAAAGCUAUAAUUCAAAACGAAAACAAAACAAAACUCCACAGCUUCAGGGGUUUGUCACCUAAGAGUCCCCUCAGAAGCACCCAAAUGGAAAAAUAUUUUUACAUUAUAGCACAUUCUACUAUAAUCACACUUUUAUAAUAUAACAAACAAAUUAAUUAAGUCUCAUCGCAAAUCACAGAAAACAAAUCAGUCUUUUUCUCUAACUUUCUCAGCAUUUCUUAGCUUCUUUGUUCUUUACCACAGAAAAAGAUUGUUCUUGUAUUACUGUGAUGAAACACAAACAAGAUAAAACAAUACUGAGGACCCAAGAAACAGAACACAAUCAGUACCAGGCCCGAGGGCUGGGUCAGUCUCCAAAGUUUUGAUGAAGUUCCAAGAGAAAAUGUCUUAUUACUAAUUCAGAGAUGCAUUAAUUUUGACAACGGUAGAGCACAUUCAGUACCAAACACAGAAAAACACUGCUCAGAAACACGUUCAAAAGCUGACACAGAAACAAUAUUAAUUAAAACAAUACUGAAUCGACCUGGGCAACUAAAAAAAAAAAAAUACAAAUCACCAACAAAUGUUAAUCUAGGAGUCAGGAGGCACUAUUUUGAUAUAAAGCAUAUGCAUGUGUGACAACAUUUUGAUAAGAUGAGAAAAGAGUAAAUGGCAAUUUAUUCUGACCACAAAUUAUAAAUCUCUGACCAAGAAUUGGCAAUUUCUCUAACCAUUUUAGAGUGCAAUAUGAAUUAGUGAGUGAUUCUCUGGUAUGCCAUCUGCAGGAUUUGAAGAUUCAUGCUUAGAGUAAAGGUUAGAUGAAAUGAUGAAAUCUCUUGUCCACAAUCACUUCCUAACAAGACAACUGAUCAUUACUGAUUUCAUUUUGAAUUAGCAGAUGCUUUUUUAAGCACUAUUUGUGUUUUGGAGUAAUCAGAGCUUUCCAAAAGAUCUUAGCUCAAUCAAGCAAAUUACAGUUUUCUUCUAGAUUCAUGUAGAAAAAUAAGUACCAAGCUAACAAAGGCCUUUGCUAAGACUGAAGUAUAUUAAAACAAAUACUGGAGAGGUGGAGGCAGCUGUGAUGCAUUAAAAUUAUAUCUUCAAGCACUCCUUAAGUACUCUGAAAUUAGAAACAGCUCCUUAGGAGGGCCAAGUUAGAUACAGAAUAAAUUAAAAGAGGAAGGAGUAAAAUUAAAAGGUUGCGGGGUAAACAGAUCAAGGACUCCGUAAGGCUGCAGUGCAAAAUAAACCGGUGUAUGGAAACAGUGACAACAACAGUCAUCACGAAGACAUUAGAAUGAGCUCAGAAUUGAAGAUUAGUCAAAACUUAGUCAAACGUUCCUAACUAUAUGCUACUUCUUAACAAACACGUAGAGCAGGUCGGGCCCAAACAAUGACUCAAAAGCAAAUAAAAUCUGGUUUUGAGUCAUGUAGUCAACUUGCAUUACAUGAACUCAUAGAAAUGGAUUAUUAUUAUAAAAAUCUCUGUUCAUGUUCAUCUGAAGAAAGAGAAGCAUAUACUUCUGGGAUGGAAUGAGGGUUGAGCAUCCCUUUAAAGACGGUUCAACAGCCCUGGCAUUAUAAACGGCACUGAAGAGUAGACAAGGAGGAAGCACCAGUGCCAUGCCCCACCAUAAAUUCUACACUUUUUUUAAACUACACAUCAUUACCCAUGCUAAAUUUAUCACUGCGCUUUAUAGUAAAUCUAAAGGGGAUAUUUAUUAGAAUUAGUUUUUGAUUCAGCCAUCAAAUGCACAUUUGCCAGGCUGCAAAACUAAAAGGCAAUAUUAUUACCUUUUUCCCCUAAAUUUCCUGCCCAGACCAUGAAGUAAAACAAGACAAAUCAAUAAAAGAUUCAUCACUAAACAUAUGGAAACAUAACAUAUUGGAAAUUUUCACUUUUAUUCUUUAUCAGAUCAGAUGAAACCGUUAUUAUUUUGAGACUCUGAAAAGGACACACUAGCAAUUGUCUAAACCUAAAACCAUUAUAAAGGAAUCAAGUUCAAAUCCAAAAGCACCUUCCAGUAAUUCACAGAACACAUUUAAAAUAUAACCAGAAGAUGAUCCAAAACAAGCAAUCAAUGCAGAAACAGUAAAGGAAACCUGAGACACUUCAUGGUUUGGUGCUUAAGUUUUUAAAACGGCAAAAUAUGUUAAGUUUAUUAUACUUUUGUAAGGAGCCUUUUAAAUAUACAAUUAAUCGUACAGAUGCUGGUUUUAUAAUUAGAAUAUCAUCAAAAAGUUGAUUUAUUUCACUAAUUCCAUUCAAAAAGUUGUAUAUUAUAUUCAUUCAUUACACACAGACCGAGACGCUUCUGACGCUGCCUGUUGUUCAAGAGUGGCUUGACACAAGGAAUGCGAUAGCUGAAAUCCAUGUCCUACAUACGUCUGUGCAUAGUGGUUCUUGAAGCACUGACUCCAGCUGCAGUCCACUCGUUGUGAAUCUCUCCCAAAUUUUUGAAUGGGUUUUGUUUCACAAUCCUCUCCAGGAUGUGAUUAUCCCUAUUGCUUCUACACUUUUUUCUUUCUUUUACUUCCCUUCUCCUCUCUAUGUGCUUGGACACAGAGCUCUUUGAACAGCCAGGCUCUUUUGCAAUGACCUUUUGUGCCUUGCUCUCCUUGUGUCAAUGGUCGUCUUUUGGGCAACUGUCAAGUCAGCAGUCUCCCUCAUGAUUGUGUAGCCUAUAGAACUAGACUGAGAGACCAUUUAAAGGCAUUUGCAGGUGUUUUAAGUUAAUUAGCUGAUUAGAAUGUGGCACCAGGUGUCUUCAACAUUGAACCUUUUCAAAAUAUUCUAAUUUUAUUAGUUGUAAGUUAUAAUCAUCAAAAUUAAGUU